AUGAUGGAUUUUGCAGAAAACUUAAUUUCCACCUUCCCUGGUAGUGAUAGAGUUUCUAUCAUUAUAUGGGAUGUUUAUUCAGUAGUUUGGAACUAGAGAAAUAAUCUUCUCUUUGAGGGAGGAGUUAUUAGCUUGUCGAGGCUGCAAAAUAAAACUCAUGAGCUAUGGGUUGAGUUAUCUAAUAGUGGUGAUAGUAAUGAUGUAAUCAUUGAGAAACUAUUAGUGGUUAAAAGCAUAACAGAAACUGCUAAAAUUAUUCUGCUUACUGAUGCUUCAUAGUCUGAGGGGAUUGCUGUAGCAGUUGUCAUAAUGAUAAACUCAUCUGAUGGUUCUUGGGCUUUCAAGAUAUGCAUUCUACAACUACCUCAGCCUUGGAAGUAGAGGCAAAAGCUAUCCAAUUGGCCUUGUCUAGGGCGAUUCAGAACAAAUGGGAGGAUGUUCAUGUGUUAUCAGACACAAAGGUAGUGGUUCAAGCUUUGGAUCAACGUAAAUAUAUUCUUAAUCGGAACUUUUUAAAUUUGUCUUUGUUAAUUUUAGACUUAAUUAAGAGUUUUUCUUAUUGUAGUUUUUUCUUUGUCAAGCGUAGUAGUUUAUCUUUUGUGGACAACUUAGCAAAAAGUGUUAGAAUUUCUAACCGUGUUGUUUCUGAUACUUUUCAAGAGGAGGAAAUUUCUCUUUGUGAUUCCCAUCUAUCUUUUUUAGUUAUUGAAUGCGAUGUUCCUUCAAAAAAAAAAAAAACAUUUGCCUAGUAAAAUGAGGUGAAACGACAUCGUUUCAAAGGAAAGACAGACUAGACUUCUUGUUGAUAUUCCUCACUCAAAAGCAGAACCGGUGAACGAGCCAAAAUGGGUUUAGCAUCGGCGCUUUACACUCCUCUCUUGGGCCUCCAUAGCGCCUCUCUCCUCGGCGGCGACCACCUCCUAUCGAGCCAGCUCCGCCGCAUUCCGCCGGGACAUCUGAUUAUUGGGCCUAAUCCUCACCGUCGCUCCAUAUCCACACUCACUCUCGCUCGUCGUAGAAACCGUAAUUCUACGCCCGCCACAUCUUCUUCUCUAACGAAAAAGAACAACAAGAAAAAAUUGGGUAGAAAUGUGGAUGAGGAUGAGAUAGAUGAAGAUGCCAUUGAAGCACUCUUCGCUCAGCUAGAAGAAGACCUCAAGAAGGCGGACCCUUCUUUGUUUGAAGGUGAAGACGACGACGAGGAGAUUAGCGAAGAAGACCUUGCUAAGCUUGACGAAGAACUUGCUCGGGUUUUUGAUAUGACAGAUGACGAUUUAGAUGUUGAUGAAGAUGACGAAGACGAAGAUGAGGACGAAGAAGAAGAAGAAGAAGAACCCGUGAAGCUUAGGAAUUGGCAACUUCGGAGACUGGCUUCAGCUUUAAAAAUUGGCCGCCGGAAAACCAACAUCAAAAGUCUUGCGGCUGAGCUUUGUCUAGACAGAGCUGUUGUUCUUGAAAUGCUUCGUGAACCCCCUCCUAGUCUCUUGAUGAUGGCUGCUACUUUACCUGAUGACGAACCUACAGGUCCGAUAAUAACAGUAACUGACAUGAAGACCAUAGAAGAAGCUGUUGUGGAGGAAACUCCGAAACUGGAGACUUCUGCGAAAGUGCCUGUUCAUGUCAAACAGCAAAGAUUGUUCUCUCAAAAGCGAAUAAAGAAAGUGGACAUUCAAACCCUUGAAAAUGUUUACAGAAGAUCAAAACGACCAACUAACACGAUGAUUGACAGCAUUGUGCAUGUGACAAACCUGCCCCGUAAAAGAAUUGUGAAAUGGUUUGAGGAUAAGCGAGCUGAAGAAGGGGUUCCCGGGCAGAGACUUCCAUAUCAACGCUCUGCUCCUGAUACAGUUCAGUAAAGCUAUAUACAUAAAGCCUUUAGUUGUUUACUUUACUGGUACUGACAUUAAGAAGUAGAAGUCUUCCUUUCUUUCUUUGUUGUUCGUGUCAUAUAGAUUUGUAAAAGUAUAUAUGAUGGUUUUCUUUCUAUAGCCUAUCCUUGUCCACAAUAUUACUCCAGCUUUAGUUUUUUGGAGUCUAUUACUCUAUUUGUUCUGAUAGUAUUGAUCACUUGUCUAGGAACCAAAAAAAAAUCUUGUAAAGUUCGAGUGUUUCUGUUUUAAAAAAUGAAGAACGUGAACGUGGAUCACGCAACACUUCGUUAGUUAGAACACUUUCAUAGUUUCAUAUCUUUCGUAGACACCAACACUUCAUUUUUUCAUUGUAAAAAAGAAAAAUAUAUAUACACUUCAUUUUUCAUGUAAGGAUAUUCCUGCUUCUUUCUA